UUCUCCAAGCUCUCGCUCCGGUCUGUAGCUUGGCACUCUGCACCCGCCACAAUUCUCUGAGAAGAAACGUUUCUAGGAUUUCAGAGUAACCUUCACACUCGAUUUUCUCCGACGGGAAACAUUUUUGGGGUUUCAGAAAAAGCUUCACACAAAAUUGGCAAGAAUGCUGCUUCAGCUUCCUCGCUUGACCAGCUCUCUUAGAGACCCCUUCGACGUCGACCAGGCCUAUCUCCAACGCAAAAUCAUCCUCCAAAAUCAUAAUAGGCCCCGCAAUUCUGCGAGCUCACUUGAUGAGUCGGAGCUUGCGCGGAAGAUUGUACCCCGGUGGGAAGAAGGUGCAGCUUCGGUUGAAGUUCGACAAGCAUACAAGCAAUUUAUUGCGGCAGUUGUGGAGUUGAUCGAUGGAGAAGUGCCCUCGGAAGAGUUUCGCGUGGUGGCACUCACUGUUUAUCGUCUUUUUGGGAGGCCAGGGGAGGAGGACAAUUUUGAUAGAAAUAUUGCCGAGAAGAAGUUAGAAUUGCAAAAACUUCUUGGUCACGUGGUUUCUGAUGCAAAUCUUCAGAGAGUUGCCUCUCUGGCUCAAAAACUGUUUGGGUUGACACCUAGUGAUCAUGGGCCUCCCCUUGUUUCAGAGGGGCAUGUAAAUGGGAGUGGUAAUGAUUUAGAAUUUGGCGCUGACCUUGUUUUUCAAUCACCAGCUCGGUUUCUGGUGAAUGUUUCUUUGGAGGAUGGAGAAUUAUUGGGUGAGGAAAGCACUGCUCCUUCUUCUUCGUUCCAUGAAGGCUGGUACAAACAUAAUGAGACUCGGCAUUAUCCUUCUGCUGCUGAUGGGGGAAAUAUUAAUUUGAGUUGGUUAAGAGAUGCAUGUGAUCGGAUAGUUAGGGAAAGUUCUUCACAGCUUUCCAGGGAUGAAUUGGCAAUGACCAUUUGUCGUGUGCUUGAUUCAGACAAGCCUGGUGAGGAGAUUGCUGGUGAUUUAUUGGAUCUUGUUGGGGAUAGUGCAUUCGAGACUGUUCAAGACCUUAUGUCGCAUCGGAAGGAACUUGUUGAUGCUAUCCAUCAUGGGUUUCUGGUACUGAAAUCUGAAAAAACAGCUACAAAUGCUCAAUCACGUAUGCCAAGUUAUGGUACUCAGGUUACGGUUCAAACAGAGUCUGAAAGGCAAAUUGAUAAGCUUCGGCGCAAGGAGGAAAAACGACAUAGACGAGGAACAGAAUUUGGGACUGAGAGUGACUUGUCUGCUGCAGAUUUUUCUUCUUUACUUCAAGCAAGUGAAAGGAAAAGUCCGUUUGAUGAUCUGAUUGGAUCUGGCCCAGGGUCCCAGUCCCUAGCAGUUACUGCUCUUCCUCAAGGAACCGUCAGGAAGCAUUAUAAGGGGUAUGAGGAGGUCAUUAUCCCCCCAACACCAACUGCACAAAUGAAACCUGGAGAGAAACUGAUUGAGAUAAAGGAGUUAGAUGACUUUGCUCAAGCUGCUUUUCAAGGGUACAAAUCUCUGAACCGUAUUCAGAGCAGGAUAUUUCAAACAGUUUAUUAUACUAAUGAGAAUAUACUAGUUUGUGCUCCGACAGGAGCUGGCAAAACAAAUAUUGCUAUGAUUUCUAUUCUACAUGAGAUUGGACAGCACUUCAAAGACGGCUACUUGCAUAAAAAUGAGUUUAAGAUAGUUUAUGUUGCUCCUAUGAAGGCAUUAGCUGCGGAGGUAACAUCAGCAUUUAGCCAUCGUUUAUCUCCAUUGAACAUGACUGUGAGAGAACUUACUGGAGACAUGCAACUUUCUAAGAAAGAACUUGAAGAAACUCAGAUGAUAGUGACGACACCUGAAAAAUGGGAUGUCAUUACGAGGAAGAGCAGUGACAUGUCACUUUCAAUGCUGGUGAAACUCUUAAUUAUUGAUGAAGUACAUCUCUUGAAUGAUGAUAGAGGCCCUGUAAUAGAGGCACUUGUUGCUCGGACUCUCCGUCAGGUGGAGUCAACACAAACAAUGAUACGUAUUGUGGGACUUUCAGCUACUCUACCGAAUUAUUUGGAGGUGGCACAAUUUCUGAGAGUGAAUCCGGAGGCAGGACUCUUCUUCUUUGAUUCUAGCUAUCGUCCUGUUCCUCUUGCUCAACAGUAUAUUGGAAUCAGUGAGCAGAACUUUGCAGCUUGUAACGAAUUGUUGAAUGACAUAUGCUAUAAAAAGGUUGUUGAUUCAGUAAGGCAAGGUCAUCAGGCAAUGGUGUUUGUUCAUUCACGGAAGGACACAGCAAAAACAGCACAGAAAUUGGUUGAACUUGGCCGAAAAUAUGAUGAUUUGGAGCUCUUAAAGAAUGAUACGCAUCCACAGUUUAACUUAAUCAAGAGGGAAGUAGUUAAGUCCAGAAACAAAGAUCUUGUUGAACUUUUUGAAUAUGGGAUUGGUGUUCAUCAUGCUGGGAUGUUACGUACUGAUAGAGGUCUGACUGAGCGGCUUUUCUCUGAUGGACUCUUGAAGGUACUAGUUUGUACAGCAACUUUGGCAUGGGGCGUAAAUCUUCCUGCUCACACUGUUGUGAUUAAGGGGACACAAUUAUAUGAUCCGAAGGCUGGUGGUUGGCGAGAUCUCGGCAUGCUAGAUGUUAUGCAAAUAUUUGGACGAGCUGGUAGACCUCAGUUUGACAAAAGUGGUGAAGGUAUCAUAAUCACAUCUCAUGAAAAACUAGCCUACUAUUUGCGGUUGCUGACAAGUCAACUCCCUAUUGAAAGUCAGUUCAUUAGCUCCUUGAAAGAUAAUUUAAAUGCGGAAGUAGCAUUGGGUACGGUCACCAAUGUUAAGGAAGCUUGUGCGUGGCUUGGAUAUACAUAUCUUUUUAUAAGGAUGAGGUUGAAUCCCUUGGCAUAUGGUAUUGGAUGGGAUGAGGUUAUUGCAGAUCCUUCUUUAAGUUCCAAGCAAAGAGCUCUUGUAACAGAUGCUGCACGGGCACUUGACAAAGCAAAAAUGAUGCGGUUUGAUGAGAAAAGUGGCAAUUUUUACUGUACUGAGCUUGGUCGCAUUGCAAGCCACUUUUAUAUUCAAUACUCUAGUGUUGAAACUUACAAUGAAAUGUUGAGACGCCACAUGAAUGAUAGCGAGGUAAUUGACAUGGUUGCCCACUCUUCUGAAUUUGAAAAUAUUGCUGUUCGAGAAGAGGAACAGAAUGAGCUAGAGAUGUUGGUGCGUACAUCAUGCCCAUUAGAAAUUAAGGGUGGUCCUUCGAAUAAACAUGGAAAAAUUUCCAUUCUCAUUCAGUUGUACAUUUCUCGAGGCUGGAUUGACACCUUCUCAUUGGUUUCUGAUGCUUCAUAUAUAAGUGCGAGCUUAGCUCGUAUUAUGAGGGCUUUAUUUGAAAUUUGUUUGCGAAGAGGCUGGUGUGAGAUGUCUCUUUUUAUGUUAGAAUAUUGCAAGGCUGUGGAUCGGCAAAUUUGGCCUCAUCAACAUCCCCUUCGACAAUUUGACAAGGAUAUUUCAGCAGAUGUUUGUUUGAAAUACUUUUAUCCUACUUUCUGCUCAAAUUAUACAUUUAUUGCCUUGUUUAGUAAUCUAUCUUGGUUGGUCCAGAUAUAUCGGAAGCUCGAAGAACGAGAGGCUGACUUAGAUCGCCUGCAGGAGAUGGAUGAAAAGGACAUUGGAGCACUGAUUCGUUAUGCCCAUGGAGGAAAGUUGGUUAGGCAAUAUUUAGGAUAUUUCCCGUGGAUCCAGUUAUCAGCAACCGUAAGUCCAAUCACCAGAACCGUUUUGAAGGUGGAUCUGCUCAUAACGCCAGACUUUACAUGGAAAGAUCGUUUUCAUGGUGCUGCGGAGCGUUGGUGGAUUCUAGUUGAGGAUUCGGAGAAUGACCAUAUCUACCACUCAGAACUUUUCACUCUGACAAAGCGGAUGGCUAGAGGGCAACCUCAGAAGCUUUCCUUCACUGUACCAAUAUUUGAACCACAUCCACCCCAAUACUACAUUCGUGCUGUUUCUGAUUCUUGGUUGCAUGCAGAGGCUUUCUACACCAUUUCUUUCCACAAUCUAGCACUGCCAGAGGCUGGUACUUCACACACAGAACUUCUAGAUUUAAAACCUCUCCCUUUGACUUCACUGGGAAACAGUACUUAUGAAGCCUUGUACAAGUUUUCACAUUUUAAUCCAAUACAAACACAGACUUUUCAUGUCCUGUAUCACUCAGAUAACAAUGUGCUCUUAGGAGCUCCCACUGGAAGUGGGAAAACCAUAUCUGCUGAGCUUGCCAUGCUUCACCUUUUUAAUACUCAGCCAGAUAUGAAGGUUAUUUAUAUAGCACCAUUGAAGGCCAUUGUUCGGGAAAGAAUGAAUGAUUGGAAAAAGCGUCUUGUCUCUCAGCUUGGGAAGAAGAUGGUUGAAAUGACUGGAGAUUACACUCCAGAUUUGAUGGCCCUCUUGUCAGCUGAUAUCAUAAUAUCUACUCCUGAGAAGUGGGAUGGUAUCAGUCGUAAUUGGCAUAAUCGAAGCUAUGUCAUGAAGGUUGGACUUUUGAUUUUGGAUGAGAUUCACUUAUUGGGAGCUGAUCGUGGUCCUAUCCUUGAGGUUAUUGUUUCGAGGAUGAGAUACAUAUCAUCACAAACAGAGCGUGCCGUACGGUUUGUAGGCCUGUCUACAGCUUUAGCAAAUGCAGGUGAUUUGGCUGAUUGGUUGGGUGUUGGUGAGAUCGGACUCUUCAAUUUCAAGCCAAGUGUGAGGCCUGUUCCUCUUGAAGUUCAUAUUCAGGGGUAUCCUGGAAAGUACUACUGCCCAAGGAUGAAUAGCAUGAAUAAACCAGCAUAUGCUGCAAUAUGCACCCAUUCACCUACAAAACCUGUUCUUAUAUUUGUUUCAUCUCGUCGUCAGACAAGGCUAACUGCUCUGGACCUCAUUCAGUUUGCAGCUUCGGAUGAACAUCCAAUUCAGUUUCUUAGUAUGCCAGAAGAAGCACUUCAGAUGGUUCUUUCUCAGGUCACUGAUCAGAACCUAAGGCACACCUUGCAAUUUGGCAUUGGGUUACACCACGCGGGUCUGAAUGACAAGGAUAGAUCUCUGGUUGAGGAACUUUUUGCAAACAACAAGAUUCAGGUAUUGGUUUGUACCAGCACAUUGGCAUGGGGUGUGAACCUUCCAGCUCAUUUGGUUAUUAUCAAGGGAACAGAAUAUUAUGAUGGAAAGGCAAAGAGAUAUGUUGAUUUUCCAAUCACAGAUAUAUUGCAAAUGAUGGGCCGAGCUGGCCGCCCACAAUUUGAUCAACACGGGAAAGCAGUCAUUCUUGUUCAUGAACCCAAAAAGAGCUUCUAUAAAAAGUUUUUGUACGAACCAUUUCCAGUUGAGAGUAGUCUGAGAGAGCAGUUGCAUGUUCACAUCAAUGCGGAGAUAGUUUCUGGCACUAUUUGCCAUAAGGAGGAUGCAGUGCAUUACCUUACCUGGACCUACUUAUUCCGUAGACUGACGGUUAAUCCUGCUUAUUAUGGCCUGGAGAGUACAGGUCCGGAAAUUAUUAGUUCAUAUUUAUCUAGGUUAGUGCAAAACACAUUUGAGGACCUGGAAGACAGUGGAUGUAUCAAGAUGAGUGAUGACAGUGUGGAGCCCAUGAUGUUGGGUUCAAUAGCAUCCCAGUAUUACCUCAGCUACAUGACUGUAUCUAUGUUUGGUUCGAAUAUAGGUCCAGACACGUCACUUGAAGUGUUUCUGCAUAUACUCUCUGCUGCUUCUGAGUAUGAUGAACUUCCUGUGCGGCAUAAUGAGGAAAAUUAUAAUGAAGCAUUGUCCAAGAGAGUUCAAUAUGCGGUGGAUAAGAAUCGCCUUGAUGAUCCACACGUCAAAGCAAAUCUACUAUUUCAGGCACAUUUUUCUCAAUUAGAAUUACCAAUCAGCGACUAUGUCACAGACUUAAAGUCAGUGUUAGAUCAAAGUAUACGUAUCAUCCAGGCCAUGAUAGAUAUAUGUGCAAACAGCGGAUGGCUUUCAAGCUCAAUAGCUUGCAUGCAUCUUUUGCAAAUGAUCGUGCAGGGUUUAUGGUUUGACAAGGAUUCCAGCUUGUGGAUGUUACCAUCCAUGAAUGAUGAUCUUGCAAGUUUGUUAACCAAAAGAGGAAUUUUCACUGUUCAGCAACUGUUGGAUCUUCCCAAGGCAAAUUUGCAGACUGUAAUUGGAAACUUUCCUGCUCCAAGAUUAUAUCAGGAUUUGCAGAAUUUUCCCCGUGUACAAGUGAGGUUAAAACUUCAGAGAAGGGACAUUGAUGGUGGAAAGGCUUCCACUUUGAACAUCAGAUUGGAGAAGGUCAAUUCCAAGUGGAACACAUCAAGAGCUUUUGCCCCCCGAUUUCCUAAGGUAAAAGAUGAAGCAUGGUGGUUGCUUCUUGGUAACACCUUCACCUCCGAACUAUAUGCUCUGAAGAGAGUUUCUUUCUCUGAUCGCUUGAUCACCCACAUGGAGUUACCAUCAAAUCUGACGAGUCUCCAGGGGAUCAAAUUGAUUUUAGUGUCAGAUUGUUAUCUUGGUUUCGAACAAGAACAUCCCAUCGAACACCUUACCGAAUAUCAGAAGUAGACGACGGAAUGUGAAUAGUUGAUUUUUUGGAUCCAAGAUGUUCAGGAAUUAGAGUUUGCUAGCCAGUGCUCAUUCUGUGCAGGCUUUUCUGAAAUACGUUGUUUCAUGUCCUUUCCAAAGCAACACAAAGCGGUGCCUUCCUGAUUGAAACUCCAAAGAGAUCUGGUGUGCAGCACAUUUAUUCCAUUAGCUGACAAGCUUUUAGCAUUUCUUGAUGGUUAGAUGCUUCGCUUAUGUAGAUUUAAGAUAGCGUCAUAAAUGGAUAGAGAAAAAAGAAAGAAAGAUAGUAAAAUAAAUAUUAGAGAUGUUUAUGUUACAGUUCGAUGAAUUUAUUUAUUCUGACAAUGCAUUAGCCUUCAUCAAUAAUUAUCUAAGACUAGAUACUUUAAAACA